AUGGAAUAAUUGCAGACUUUAAAAUCAUAUUAUGAUUAGUUAAUCAAAGAAUUAGAGAAAAAAUUUGAAGAAAAGUUAUCAUAAUUAAACAAAAGGUAUCAUGUAAUGGAAACCUUUUUGAAAUAAAAGAUUAAAUAACUAGAAGCAGGAAAAAAUCAAAAAUCAGAAGAUUUGGAAAAAGUGAAAUUGAAAGCCAAAAUAUUCUCAUUAGAGAAAUAAUUAUAACUAUUAGAAUCUAGGGAUAACAUUUUGCAUAGAUCAGAUUUAAAAUCAAAUGAUGCUUAACCUCCAUAAGAAGUAUUUUUGAAUGUAUUAGAUUCCGUAUUUAAAUAAUUGGGAAAUAAUUUUGAAUAUCCUUAAUUCCUGUAUCCUUAAAUUGAUAGUCUUAUUCCAAAUUUAAUUGAACUUUUACCAACUUCACUUGGCNUUAAAAUGUUCUAGAAAUCUUUAUAUAAGGUUUAGAAGGUUAGGCUUUGA